UUUCUGCCAAACUUGAAGCUUGACCAGUGACUGCUGACGGGGCGGGUCGCCACACCCGUAUUUAUUGCCAUCGGGGCCAAUGUUGCGACACGAAACCCAGGAUGCUGCUCACGAAGCUCAAAUACGCUCUCUUCUCGCUCAACGAACAGCCGCUAUCGACUACGACUCCCCAUCCGUUUACUCUGCGCCAUUCUUUUCACCACGCCCAAACGAAGUUGCCGAGACUCGCUCACUCCAUUUAUAUCGCUCGCCCAUGACUGUUCAUCUGACCCCCGAACGGAAUCGUCUGAACGAACUCGCCGAAAGCAUGCUAGACAUGGACGACGAAUCGUCCUCUUCACACUCUGACGAGGAAGAGAACCCUAUAGAAGAGUCUGAAGCGGAGCAUGAAGAACCUGACUCCCGGAUGAGCCUUCUAGGCCCGAAGAUGCGCUUUCACAGUAAGGCCCCCUGGGAAAUGGAUGGAGGGGAUAUCAUGGAGGAGGAGGAAGAUGAAGUAGAGCUCAGUCGAGGACGGGACGGUUUCAAGAAGGGCCUUGGCUUCCGCUCUGCCAGUAGGGGUACAACCGCCAGCGGGCGGCCUAGUGGCGAGUCCACCCGCUCUCAUCACGCCAAGGCGAAACGGUCAUUCGAGUCUUCUCACUCUCAUCAUGGUCGAAGCGGGGCGCUGCUUGCUCUGGGCCAAGCUAGUCUUUCGUCAACGUCGCUGAUUACUGCCUCGGCGUCUAAUGCUCCGCAUCCGACAGGUUUGCGCCUCAAUUUCCCGCUUCCCACGUCGGAAUCUUCUAGUACUUCUCCCCAUGCAACGCCUUCUCGUGCUCCGGGCAGUCCACGCUCCUUGAUGUCUCAGCAAUCUCGUACGGUAUCUCCCAUCCAUCAGGAGGUUGGACACUCUGUUGCGAGCUAUAGCAGUCGUCGGCCGAGCCAUGGGACGAGCCACUACCCCGAAGAUAUGCAUCCAUUUGCAAACCCGGAUCUUGUAGUUUCCUAUGCCGAGGAUCCGUACACCCCUGCUCCCACCCGGUCCGCAUUCACUGUCCCGUCAGCAUCAAUCGGACGAAGUGAUUCUAGUGCGACCGUGACGGAUUCUGCGAGCGUUGGGUCGUCCGUCAGCAGAUCAAUCGCCCCAACUUUGACGCCUGAUACGUCAACCUCGACGAUGUCUCCGACUCAGAGCCCUCGCUCUCGUUCAUCGACAUUCCACGGACGGGAAAUCUCAGGACCGUUGCCGAUUCACUCCGGGACCAGCAACAUCAAUCACGUGUCCUCUCCUCAAAUGACCCCGAUUCUGCCUCCUGGCUGGACAGAACACAGUGGCUCGCCUGCGUUUGACUUGAUAUCUCUUGAGCAAGCUCGGGCGCAGAGGUCCCGAAGUGCUACGACGAACAAUAAUAUGUCUGUAUCCUCGCCGUCGUCGACCCCGUUCCCGGAUGUGUUGGCCUCAGCCGAGAGCACGGAACUGAGCCCGACAGGUAGGACCAGGGCGCGGUCGAUCAGCACGGGUGCCCGGGCGAAGAGUGCUCUGCAGACCAUGGUCGCAGGCGCACAGAACCAGGAACCCUCGCCGGGCAAAACGAUCAAGCACAAGAAGAGUGGUUUUAUGAGAUUGUUCAACGGCCGAGAGAAGGACGAAAAGGCUUCGCCGCCGCCGGUUCCGUCAUUGUCUGAUGGCUAUGCGGCAUUCAGUGGUCAGCACUCGCAGCCCUCUGCUCAGGCACACUCCGCCGGAAGGAAGGGAUCCAUUCCGCGAGUUCCAGCCCCUCCAGUUUCCCCAUCGAUGUUUGGUCCAGAGUUCCCGGGAAACGCGAGUUCGCGUCCACCGCUUUCUAUCAAUACAGGGCAGGCCACUCGACUGCGGGCGGCGUCUGCCGCGGAGGAUUUCCAGACGCGGACUUUGCCGCCGCACAGCUCUGAUAAUUGGGACCAGCUGGACCUGCCGCAGAGCGCGCCUCCGAAUGUGACCGAGUUUCCUGCACUGAAGUUGCGGCCGGUGUCGACACUAUUCAGUGCGAAGUUCGGGGAUCAUAUCAUUUCGCCCGACAAUGAAGAUUUGGAGUCGCUCAGCCCGAGCACCGCGAUGUCGCCCGUGACGCCUGGGCUUGUGUUGGCCCGGAGCCCGAGCAACAUCGACAAGAUGGCACCGAUUACAGAGGAUCAGUCUGCGCUGGUCCAGGCUCUGCAAGAUCAGAUCGUCAGCGCGAAGAAAGCGUGGCAGCGACAUAUCUGGGAACUGGAAGGCCAAGUGCGUGAUCUUAAAGCGCAAGUCGAGGCAGCCCACGAGGGCGACUACUGCAUGACCUGUGGACGAGGCCGUCCGCCUAUGACGUUCCAAUCUGAGCCAGGCAAGGCUAGUGUUGUGAAUCGACCGCGGGCCCAUACAGGAACGGGAACUGCGACGCGAUUUGGGAGUGUUGUAUGAUGAUGAUGAUGCCGACGCUACUGGUGUAGCGUCCCCCACCUUCCUUUGCUCUAAUUAUUUCUAAAUGUGGAUCUCGUGUCUGUCUGUAGUACCUGUAAAAUUAAUUCUGUCCAUCUUUCCGAUACCCAUGUUGUUACAUAGCGUCACUCGUUUUGUAGAUGUCACACUCUUCAA